ACGCUGCUUAUAUCUUGUAGCCUAAGAGUUGAAGCCUGUGUGAUCUUUAUUACUGCGCUUAUUGUUGAGAAAUGGACCUGCCGUUGACAAAGGAUUAGGCCAAAACUAGAAUGAACAUUGCCACCAGAAUAGCUGCACAAGCUUCGCCUCUUCUCCAUGCUCAUCCCAUUCCCAUAUUCUCUUUUCGAGGUGCCUUUUACUCAUCACUGGGUCCAAAAGUUGGGGAUUGUGCCUCAGUUGAAACAGAGUACGUGGCUGAAAAGAAAAUUUUCCAGAAAUAUGGCUAGCAGUGUGGAGAAUUCUGAGGUGGGCAUGGACACAAAGAUUGGGGUGGUUCGUCCAGCAACUGAUGCUUUUGUUGCAGAGGCAGCUGAAGCUUUGAGAGCUGGGAAGGUUAUUGCUGUACCCACUGAUACGCUCUAUGGCUUCGCUUGUGAUGCUUGUUCGUUAGAUGCAGUUAAUAGAAUUUAUGAGAUUAAAGGACGUAAACAUACAAGCCCCUUGGCUAUUUGUGUUGGGGACGUAUCAGACAUUCAGCGUUUUGCGGUUAUUGACUAUUUGCCUCAGGGCCUACUUGAUUCCCUCCUUCCAGGUCCAGUCACAGUUGUGCUAAAACGAGGAGAAUCAAGUGUUCUCGAACAAUCUUUGAACCCAGGACUUGAUAGCAUAGGGGUGAGAGUCCCAGACUACAAUUUCAUCAGGGACAUUGCUCGUGGCUCGGGUACUGCCAUGGCCCUGACCAGUGCAAACCUAAGUGGACAGUCGAGUAGUGUUUGCGUCAACGAUUUUAAGGACCUUUGGGGACACUGUGCCUGCGUUUAUGAUGGUGGCCUGCUUCCAUUGGGUCGUGCAGGUUCCACAGUUGUGGACCUCACCAUACCACAUAAAUACAAGAUCCUUCGACCUGGAAGUGCAAUGGAAGAGACAAGGGCCAUCUUGGAGAAGCACUCUCUGGUUGAAGAAUUGACCACUCUAAAUUAGCAAUGAUUGAUACGCAAUGCUCCCAUAUAGACAUCGCGAUUUCGACAUUUCUUUUGUGACAAAUUGUGACUAUUGUCACCGAUUUCCCGGGCAUGUUUUGUGUCUAAAUUUUUUGGUCCUGACCUCCUUAGAUGGACACAGUAAUGCAAGGUAGACUUGUCUUGUGUUCACCUAAAGAAACCAGUACUUAAGACCUAAAGAUAAAGUUGGAACCUCUAUUCCCAUCAAUUAGAUGUAUUGUGAGGUUGUCUACAGCAGAUUUAUGUGAUAAAUUAACACGCAGUUUGCAUUGCCUGAAAAUGAAUGUGUUUUAUUAUAAUAUCA